AUGGAUAAUAACAACAUUCGAAAUAUAGCACAGUAUAGCACAGUAUAUGAUUUUCAUGAGGAGAGUCCUGAUCUUACGGGUCUGAACAAUCUGAAACACCUUUCUGUAGCAAACAAUAGGAUUACCUGGAUUGACAAACUAGCAUUUAAUGAGACGGUUAAACUUCGAUAUUUGGACCUCUCCUAUAACCACUUGUCACCAACUGUCUUGGACUCUGAAACAUUUGCGCUCUUGACCUCUUUAAAAGUUCUUUUAUUGAAUGGUAAUAAACUUGAAGCGAUUCCGUUCACGACACCAUUGAAUAUAACAGCUCUUUGGUUGAAUUGCAACAAUUUAGCGAAUUUAACGGCAAGUUCAUUCUCCAAUGUGCCAUAUUUAAAAACGCUUUCAUUAGCUAGAAAUAAAAUUUCGCGUAUCGACCCGGAUGGAUUUUACUCUUUACGAGUGUUAGAAAAACUGUACCUGAACGAUAAUGAUUUAAGUUAUUUGCCCCGUUUGCAGAGUAAAUUCAUGCAAGAUCUUCGAUACUUGGACUUAUCCAGAAAUAAGUUUAAAUCUUUGGAUUACGUGUUUGAUUCUAAUUUGAUUCUAAUUGAGACGGCGCUCAAAACUAUCAAUGAUACUUUCGAAUUCUGA